UAAAGUGUUCGGCUUUUCCAUGCAGCCACAAGUUGCCUGAUCUAAAUUUCGUAAACAAAGGCAGUACACAUAUGGCGGAGCACUGUCAAAUCAGAUGAAAACUGCUUUUAAACUUCAAGGAAACGCUUGAAUCGAUCAAACGAAGGCUGCAAAGAAGCUGAUACAAGCUUAAGAGAAAUAUAUAGAUAAGAUGAAAUUGUUUCAGUGACGGCGACUCUGGUUUACAGCAGUCUGUGUCUUCUGGUAUUAUACCAGCUGAUACCCCUCGUAGCAUGGGUCCUAACCAAUACAUAUCUGGGGCGACUGCGGCGUCACAAAGUCUAUUUCACGACGGGACAAAUGCACGAAAAUCCCACGAUCCAUAUACAAGAUAUAUGGCCAAUAACGUGCACAAAUACGACAGUGAAAAAACUGGAUCCGUUCGAUCCUUCCAUUCUGCCUUAUAUUACUUAUUUUCCACCGCUGAAAUGUUUACGGCAGGCAUCAGUGGCUGAAAGCAAAGUUGACAGAGACGGAUACUUGACGCUUAUCAUCAAAAACUACUCCAGAGUAACCGAUAACAUACACUAUUAUUAUCAAUACAUACGACAUCCAACAAAACCUUACAAAAUAGAAGAGGCCUUUGUUUUGAGUGAAAGGAUCGAUUUACCUCUAGCAAACAGAGUAAAACUUCAGGAGGAUUUUUUGUAUGUUUCCUGCAUGAACGAAACCGGAUACAAAGUUUAUGAGAAUUUUCAUCUUCACAUGGUAAAAAGAGAUGUGCUUGUUUCAAAAAUAUACUCUGAAACAUCGGGAAAACAACCAAGGCUGAAUGUGUUAAUUGUGAUCAACGACGGAGUCUCGAUGUCUGGUGCCGUUCGUUAUCUCCCGAAAACAACAGAAUACUUGAGAAAAGAAAUGAAUGGGGCCAUAUUUCCCGGAUACCAUGCCGUUGGAGAAAAUUCCCUGUCGAAUUUUUUCCCGCUUCUGACUGGAUUGCCUCAUUCUGAGGCCAGUAUUGAAGCUCCUUUUAUAUGGAAUCAUUUCUCAGAACAGGGUUAUAAGACGUUUUACUUGGAGGACAAAUUACACGCCACCUUCACAUAUAUAGAUCCUGAGCUUACUCGGCCCCCAACAGACUUCUACACACAUUCUUUCUGGGUGGCAAUGGAGAAUUCUUCCUUGUAUUGGGACUCACAGGCUUUCUGCCUGGGUAAUGUUCCUAUACAUCGAAUUGCACUUCAGUAUCUGGGAUAUUAUAUUGAAAAUUAUCAACGCCAAUCGUAUUUUUGUCUUUAUUUCUUCAAUGAAUUAAGUCAUGAUGAUGAAGUCCCCAUCCAGUUGGCAGACGCUGAUUACAGAGACUUUCUGAAAGAGCACAAGGAAAGAGGACAUUUUAACAAUACCAUAAUGUUAUUUAUGAGCGAUCAUGGUUCACGGUUUGGCUGGCUCCGCUCCACCCCUAUUGGACACCUAGAAGCCAGUAAUCCUCUGCUAAUAAUGGUUCUGCCACCAUGGCUCAGGCAGCAGUAUCCACACAUAGCAGCAGCUGUAAACUCGAACGCAGAGCGAUUGGUUACUCCGUACGAUAUCCACGCCACGUUAGUCGAUAUCCUUCACUCUGAUUUGCCAAUUAGCGAAGAGGAUACCAAUGGCAAGAAACGUAGAGAAGGAAUUGCGAAAGGAAUAAGUUUGUUGAGAAAUCUCCCCAGCAAGAGGACGUGUGCCUCAGCAGGUAUACCAGAAGAUACCUGUACUUUAUGUACACCGCAGGAACCGGCUUUUCUAGAUAUUAAUUCACAGAAAGCAUGCUUUAUUGCUAACGCCGUAUUGGCCAAAAUCAAUGACGUUCUCUUUAAUGCUACACCAGAGUGUGACGUAUUAAGUAUAUUAAAUAUCACCUAUAUAUCCGUAACAUCGGACAGCAAACCCUGUGUUAUUUAUAAUGUUAUUAUUAAGACAGUGCCGGGAAGAGGGAUAUUUAUAGCGUCUGUGCGUGAAACGAGGGCAACGGCUUCUGUCUCCCAAUACUCUGUUAUCAGCCCAGUCAUACGACUAAGUGCCUACGACAGCAACUGUUGCUGCACUGAAGACAAAAGCCUGAAUAAGUACUGUCACUGUAAAAUGACAACAAAACCAUUGCGCAGAAAGUCCGCCCCUAAAAAGUAUUAACAGAAUUUAGGAGUGCUUACAUUUAUA